GAGAGGAAGCCAUGUUGAUAUUUUCUUUCUUUUUUCGUCAUGUACCGACUCACAUGUAUUUGAGAACGAAAAACGCUAUUGAAACGAAUUGAGACUUGAGAGGAACCACAAGAAAUAUGGUGGUUAGAAAAGGAUUUUAGUUCGGAGUGUUCUUUUGUUCUUACAGCAUUUUUGUGGACGCUUAUGUGGAUGUGAUCUUUAAAAUUAUAUUGACAUAAUCUCGAGGAAAUGUCUUCAAUGCAUUUUGUGGUUCAUCCAUUACCUGGAACAGAGGAUCAAUUGAUAGAUAGACUUCGAGAAGUAGCAGAACGUUGGAAUAGAUAUGGUACUGGAGCGGCACCAUCAGCUCUUAGUUCCUUGCGGGGUGUACGGGCAGUCGCUGCAGGGCCAGCCCAUAUUGCUUGCCUACUUGAAGAUGGCACCAUAUGUCGGGCAGCAUUUUCCAUCAUUCCUGACAGAUUGGACUUGAGUAAAGCUGAUGCGAGUAAAAAUGGAGGAAAUGGCGGUGGUGGAAGUGGUGGUGGUGGAACGAGUGGAGGCAAGCAAGGAGGAAGUGGUGGUGGGUGUGGAUCAAGGCAACAGCCUCGCACUAGAGCAAGAAUUAUGAGGAAUUCAAUUCGUGCUGCACCUAGCUCGCAAGGAUCUACGAGUCGAGCUACUGGUGUGAUCAUCGGGGCAACGGGUUCUAGUCGUGUGGUUUCUACGGUUCCAGCUCCUUUUGUCCCUGAAGAUCUAGUGACGCAGGCCCAAGUGGUCCUACAGGGCAAAAGCAGAAGCCUUAUAAUACGAGAGUUGCAGCGUACAAACCUGGACGUGAAUCAGGCCGUUAACAAUCUGCUGUCUCGUGACGACGAAGAGGGUGAGGAGCCGGAGGGCGGUGAAGGCGGUGACGGCUAUGUUCCGGAGGACCUCAUCUCUCUUCUUGACGGAGGUUUUCACGCCACUCAACAGGACCAGUCUGUGAUCAUUGACGCCGACGCCAUGUUUUCGGAGGACAUCUUCGGGUACGCGGCUGUCAGAAGUCGCAGUGGAGGCGGCAGUGGCAGUGGAGGCGGACGUGCCGGUGCUAGCCGAGAGAGCAGCAGCUCUACGCAGGAGAGGCCAUCGGAGUUCAGUCGUUGGCGCGAGCGCCAGUACUUCGGCCCGCGACGGUGGCUCGAGUCUGCACUACGUGACACCUCCUGGGAUAAGGAAGGAGUAGAAAACAAGAAAAAGGAUUCCGGAAUGACAGCCUCGCCACUCUGGGUGUCAGAAGAGCUCGAGUAUUGGGACAGCAGCAUUCGGUUCACGCAUAUCGCGGCUACCUACAGCGAACUGAUCGCUAUAUCAAAUCACGGUCAACUGCACCAAUGGCGCUGGGCUGAUGCACAUCCGUACCAGCGUAGUGAUGCUUCCGGCGUCAUUUAUCAUCCUCGUGGCAAUUGGCUAGGUAUUGCAUCUGGUGAACGAAUCAUCAAUAUUAGCGCUGCGGGAAUACGCGUCUCUAUUCUUACUGACGCUGGUCGUAUUUGUACGUUUUUGGAUGAAUCAAUCGCCCAUGCCCCUGGAGCUGUACGUUUGGAGCAUCCUCUGCAGGCAUUUACUGAGUUUGGUUCUGAGAAGGCGAUAUCUCUGCAUGUUUGCUCACUUUACACCGUCGCGAAACUGGAUUCUGGCUCUCUUUACUGGUGGGGUGUAUUACCGCUCGGACAAAGGGCUCGGCUUUGGGAGAAACAUAGAGCUCGUUCUCGCAAGCAGCAGCGUGGACAUUCCUCUAACACCCCUCAGGAUUUGCAAGCUGGGCAGAGUGUUACUAUGAAAAACGCACCCAUGUACCAGCCAGGAGCUAUUGGGUUCAACAUGUCAACCGGAGUGCCAAAGGUGGGCAUACUGCAGAACGCUGCAUGGAAUCUGUCAGACACUUGCCGUUUUAAACUUCUGCCGCCACCGCAGCCCGACCGCUCUAUUUCUGACAAGGACAAGAGAGAUCUACAGAAUCAGUCUCCGCUAACCGUGUCAUCAGUGAAAGCUUCUUCAUCAAACAGCAGCAAUAGUAAGGAUGCAGGAAAAGACAGUAAUAAAGACAUGGCUGACCGCUUAGACAUGCCGCCGCCUCCCAGCCCGGCUUCCUCGACAUGCAGUGAUACCAGCACAUCACACAAACGAGCUAAACGAGUAACUGUACGCGGCGAAGAAGGAUCUUCAAAUGAUGGCUCGAAACGCGACGAAGAGGAGUGGCCACUGAAAGAAGUUGUUUUCCUUGAAGAUGUUAAAAGUGUACCACUGGGUAGGGUGUUAAAAGUUGAUGGGGCUUACGCAGCAGUACGAUUCCCGUCAGUUGGAAAGGACGGCAAAGAGAUCGUACCGUCUACUCCCGAGGACUGGACGGCUUUACUACAAGAUUGUAGAUUAGUUCGGAAGGAUGAUUUGGUGGCAGUGAAGUGGGGUGCCGGAGGAUCGGCUGGUCCUCGUGGACCAGAUUGCUUGCAGAGGACCCCUAGGAAGAUUUCCUUGCCACCGGACUUAACUGUUAUAACAAUUGCGGUGGAUAAUCGCGGCGUACACGCCGUGGUGCGUCGUCCAGGCGGCGCAUUGGCGUACGCAGUAUAUGCGGUUGGGACCACACGCGCCCUCACCGACAGCACUUUCCCAACGGACAAUAGCGCUUUAUUGGGCUAUUCUAAUGGACAGGCUAUACAGCUUACGACUGCGGCUGAGGGAAGUGAGCCGGUCGUGAUGAUGCUAGACGGCAACGGUGCUAUAUACCCAGUGGCCCGCGACUGCGUGGGUGCAGUACGUGAACCACCACCUCUGAACCUUCCGCCCGCGAGAGCGCUGUCUGCCCACGCGCUGCCAUUGCAACCUCACCAUCAGCACCAUCCGCAUCAUCCUGCCUUGAAGUCCCAGGUGGCACUAAUCAUUUUGGUCCCCGAACCUCAGCUAAUGAUGCCGCGCGUUCUACGUUGCGACCUGGAUGGCGUCCGGCAACUUUUACAUCAGCUGGAAUCGGAUACUAACAAACAACAAAUUUUAGCGAUUUUACAAGAGCGUUGCGACGGCAAUAGGAAUAUAUUGCAUGCUUGCGUGCAUAUGUGCGCGCCAACGUCCAACAAGGAACCUGAUAUUGCCGUCGAGAAUGCAUCUAUGCCCAAUGCACCAAGCGGCGGUACCAGUGGCGGCGGUGCCAGCGCGGAAGAAGCGAUGCCUGCACUAACCUGGCCACCGGAGACUUUCGAAGCUUCUGGAGACGAGGACAGCUUAAUGGGACUCACUAAUAACGGAAAAAUAACCAGCAGUGGCACCAAUGGAGGUAGUGCAGUGAGUGCUGACCCGGCCGAGCGGCGAGGCAACGCUUUGUCUGCUCUACGCGCUUUGUGUGAAAGUACAGCUCUGCAACCGUACCUCAUGCAGCUACUUACCGCCAAGGAUGGCAUGGGCCAGACACCUCUAAUGGCCGCGGUGGCGGAACGCGCGUAUCGUGCGGCGCUCGUUAUACUAGACUCGAUUCGGGCGUGUCCAGAAGCGGAUGAAGCUCAACGUUCUGCAGCCAUCUUUCCCCCCAACGCUCACCACGAUCACUCGCCCUUGCUGGUUUUAUGUUGCAAUGACACUUGCAGCUUCACAUGGACCGGACAAGAUCAUAUUAAUCAGGACAUAUUCGAGUGCAAGACUUGUGGUCUUACUGGGUCACUGUGUUGCUGCACGGAAUGUGCAAAGGUGUGCCAUAAAGGACACGAUUGCAAGUUAAAACGCACUUCACCAACGGCAUAUUGUGAUUGCUGGGAGAAAUGCCGCUGCAAAGCAUUAGUUGGAGGCAACUGGUCUGCACGUUGUGACCUACUUGGGCGUCUUGCAAGAGACACUCAGCUUGCUACUCACUUUAACUCAAGGGGUGAAUCCAUCCUCCUGUUCCUGGUUCAAACUGUGGGGAGGCAGGCUGUGGAACAGAGACAAUUCCGCGCAAGCAGUAGCCGUGGCCGAGGAGCUCGUAAACAGCCAGGAUCUGACGCAGAGGUCGAUGUGCCCGAUCAUGAUUUGGAGCCACCGCGUUUUGCUCGACGUGCUCUCCUGCAUUUAUUAGCUGACUGGCCUGCAGUAGAAGCUGCAAUUAUGUGUGGUUCAAAUGGACAAACUGAGAAUGAAACUCCAAUUGCCAGUCCGGCGCCUAACCAGUCCGGGACUACACUAUUGGACAAAUUCACGCAUGCUCUUAUCGUCAAAUGCACCAAUGAGAUGCUAGACACCCUGCUAAAUACACUGAUAAAAGAGCAACAGAAUGAUUCAGUGCCAGGACGCGCCGAACGUGCUCGGGAAGUUACUCGUCGAUUUGUGCGCUCGGUUGCUAGAAUAUUCGUUAUAUUUAGUGUUGAAAUGGCUCCCGGUGCUGCUAAGAAAAAAGGGCCAUUAUCAAUUACUGCAUCACUGGUUCGUUGUCGACGCGUAUUCGCCGCACUCGUAGCCUUAGCUGUGGAAGAAUUAGUGGAGGCAGCAGAUGCCUUAUUAGCACCAGUGCGUUUGGGUGUGGUUCGUCCCACUGCACCCUUCCCGCUUGCCACUACUUAUGUGGACCUAGUCAACGGCAGUGAAGACUUGUUUGGAGUGGAACCUUUAUCUACCGGCCAUUCACGUUUGCCGCAUUCUCGAAGAGAAUCGAGUGUAGCUGGUCGGGCCGCAGCUAAUGGAACAUCAAUGGGUAGUUCCACACUAGUCCCUGACCGAUCGUCAACACCCGUAGCUACUGAAUACCCUGAUGAUGUCGCGGGCGAAGCGCUUGGUGGGGACGACGAUGCCUCAGAAACUGACGAGCCCAACAUUCCCCCGCCCGUACAGCCGACUGAAUCACAGCAUCACGAUGAUCCUAUGGGAGACAGCUAUUUGGAUGUCAACAGAGGUCAAGAACAACACGUUGUAGUUGAAAAUGGUACAGAACGCGCUGAAGGCGGUGAAAGUGAGAGUGAAUUAGAUUUGCUAGCUGAAGUAGAAACUGAGAGUGACUCAGACGACCAGGAUAAUGCUGAGUCAGCACAACGUAGCGUGCAAACCGGAGCUACACAAGGCUCUGAUGCCGGCAUAGCGUCGCUGCUUCUAUACCCAGAAGACGAGAGCGGAGACUCGACUCAACCUGAAGAUGAAGACUCUGAAGCCGGGGAGACAGAUGAACAAGAUGCCGAAGCUGAACCGCCCUUUGCUGAUGGUGGGGAAACAGUGGAACGACGUUCGGCACCGCCCGCAAGACCGAACCUUGCACCGCAUUCUAUGCAGUGGGCUAUACGGUCUCGUGAAACAUCCCGUGGCACAAGCAGCGGUACUGGUGGGGUCAGGCUAACAGGCGGAUCGUCACUAGUAUUUAUUGACCCUGCUUCAUUGCGCCGUUCGACCACAGCGGCCGCAGCUGGCGCGCACGAUCCCAACUCUACUUCCACUACCGCGUCUUUCCUUGCCAGGGCUUUUGGUAUUGUUAUACGCCAAAUCGCCGAUCUAUUGUGGGAAUACGAACGAGUGACUAUUCCUUUGCCACGCAUGUUGCCUCUUGCAUAUCGAGAAGCAUUACGACUUCAGUGCUACCUUGAGAGGCAGCUUAAACAGACGUGGGACUGGCUCGUCACUGUCAUGGACGCUACUGAGGCACAACUGCGAUUUGGCGCUUCAUUGACUUCUAACAACGCAAGUACUUCCAGCGGGGAAACGCGUUCUUCAGCACCUGCUGCUAGACGCACUACUUCGUUAACGUCGCCAGUUACUAGAAUUAUUGGUUUUUCGGAAGGACCUCGAGCCAGGGACCGAGAACAAGGUGUUGAAUCUGGCAACGCACGGCGUGAAUUCCUCGCAUACUGCUUAUCGUUGCUGCGUGCGCACAGUGCGGAACACGCCGAGCAAUUGCCUGUGCUAGAUGUUGCGGCGCUCAAACACGUGGCAUACGUACUUGACGCGUUGGUGUACUAUAUGCGAGCCGCGCAACCGCAACCGCAUCAUCACCAACAUUUGUGGGCACCGGAUGAGAAUGAGAACGAAGAAGGAGAAGAAGAAAUGGUGGUGGGCGGUGGAGCGGCCGCUGAGUCUGAUGGUGAGGGUGAGAGCGCUCGUGGCCGCACGCACGCCUUCUUCCAAAGAUCGGACUCCACAUUGUGCUUGGGAUGCCCACCGCCAGAUCCGUUUAACAUGACAAUGCAAGACGCGCUACCCUUAGCAGACCAACCGCAGCUACUACAACCCAAUGCACGCCGCGAAGAGCUCUUUGGGAUGCCACGGCAACCGGUUACCGUUCCAGCCUCUGGAGAUGGGCCGCCUGGUGCCAACAACCCUCUAGAAGUGGUACCAAGACGGUUAGGAUUGUCGAGCCGUGGAACGGAGCGUGCGUGGUCGCCGCCCGCGCGACCUGCGUCCGCACCGCCCACCCACAAUCACACCUUGACUAGAGACGAGCCACAGGAUCUGUCCUGUGCGAAGGAUACUGUGACAAAAAUGGACAUCGACACAGAUGCUGAAUACGUGUCAGAUUCAGACUCAAAUGAAGCAAGACAUCAAAAGCAUUGGAAAAAACUUCAUAGACAUCCUCACACUAGCGCGCUAAACAGCAGUAAUCACCACGAACCUAGUACGUCCGCAUCAGAGUUCCACACCUUAGUCGACACAGCGUGUUCCAUCAUAGAGGCGCCGCAUCAACAGACAGUGUCUCCAUCACCUGGCCCUAGCAGUGUAUCGACGGCGCAAGAGCCACGCGCGUCUUCAUCGCGCAGUCCGGGCAAGAGCGUUAUUGUACGUGCUGGUGAAUUGCUAAGCGCGGCAGACCCUUUAGAAUCGCAAGAAAUAUCAGCCCAUGUCACUGUAGAAACUACCGGAUUGCCACUAGCGCCUGCACUGCCGCCACAAGUAUUGAAUGCGCCGGCGCAACCUAUUGGUUAUGUUACAAAUAGUCGUGCGUGCCCAUCACUCGGUGCGUCAGUAUCGCACGACUUGCUGCUGGGUCGAUGGCGACUAUCGUUGGAUUUGUUCGGGCGAGUCUUCACAGAAGAUGUUGGACUUGAGCCUGGUUCCGUGGUGGCCGAGCUUGGUGGAUUUCCCGUAAAGGAGGUCAAGUUCCGCCGUGAUAUGGAAAAGCUAAGAAAUUCCCAACAGAGGGAUUUGACUUUGCACAAGAUGGAGCGUGAUCGUGCCAAACUACUGCAACAAACGUUCGCAGAGCUAAACAGCGCGUUCGCUGGACAGAACCGUCGUGCGCACAGCACUCAGCCGCCUCUCGUAGUUAACAGGGUGAAGGUGACCUUCCGUGACGAGCCAGGCGAAGGUAGCGGUGUUGCGCGUUCAUUUUACACCAGUGUCGCUGAGGCGUUGCUAGCAAAUGAAAAACUUCCGCCCUUAGAAACCACUACCAGCAGUGGUAGCAAUAACAGCACGACUAAUGGUACUUCGGGAUCAACUGGCACGACUGCUAGUGGUGCCAGCAGCAAUAGUGGAACAAGGAGUGGAGCUGGCAGGGCUCGUGCUAAAGACAACGCCAGGCGAGCGCCCGGCCGACCAGCGCCUCGGCCGCCGACCGUACGGGAGCCGCGAAGAGUUCUAAGCGUUGACGCUCGACCCUACUCGCCACAGGCUGCUCCCGGCACUGAAGGCGCGGGUUACAGUGGAGACAGACCCGGAGGACACAAUGAGCAUCUCACCUUACAUCAAGCACAACUUGGUGAACGUUUGUACCCUAAGGUGCACUCCUUACAUCCGACAUUCGCUGGCAAGAUAACGGGUAUGUUGUUAGAAUUAACGCCGGCGCAGCUGUUAGUGCUGCUGGCGAGCGAGGACGCGCUGCGGCAGAAAGUUCGCGAAGCCAUGGACCUCAUCGUCAUGCAUCCUUCGGAAGCAAUAUUAGAUCUUGACGUGUUCUCGCUGUCGGAACGCGGCGGAGGCACAGCCGCAGGGGGUGCGGGUAGCACGGCGGGAGCGGGUUCGUCCGGUGCCGCACCCGACGAUGCCGCGCCGCUCUUCUACUCGCCCGGAAAGCGCGGCUACUACUCGCCUAGACAGGGCCGCGCCACGCCCGAACGGAUCAACGCCUUCCGGAACGUCGGCAGAAUCAUCGGCCUUUGCUUAUUACAAAACGAACUAUGUCCUAUGUUCCUGAACCGGCACGUCCUAAAGUACAUCCUGGGGCGCCCAGUGCGAUUCCACGACCUGGCCUUCUUCGAUCCCGUGGUGUACGAGAGCCUGCGACAGCUCGUCGUGGACGCAGAGACCGGAGAUUCACAUUCAUUGUUCGUCGCUCUUGAUCUCAACUUUAGUUUGGAAAUGUGCGAAGAGGAAGGUGGUGGGUGCGUAGAGUUGGUGCCUGGCGGACGUGAGAUUGAGGUCACCGCGCUCAAUGUGUACGACUACGUACGAAAAUACGCACAGCAUCGCAUGCUGCUGUCACAGGAGAAAGCCUUAGAGGCCAUGCGUGUUGGUGUCCUAGACGUUCUACCUGAAUCGGCUUUGGAAGGUUUAACGGCUGAAGACUUGCGACUUCUAUUAAACGGCGUAGGCGAUAUCAACGUAGCUGCUUUAGUAUCAUAUACAAGCUUCAACGACGAAAGCGGUGAACCCUCUGAGCGGUUAGCUCGUUUCAAACGGUGGCUAUGGGCUAUUGUAGAUAAGAUGACACAUUUAGAAAGACAAGAUUUGGUAUAUUUCUGGACGGGAUCACCCGCACUACCGGCGUCAGAGGAAGGCUUUCAACCGAUGCCGUCAGUCACGAUUCGGCCGGCAGACGACGCGCACUUACCCACUGCCAACACCUGCAUCUCUCGACUCUACAUACCGCUAUAUUCUUCGCGACACGUGCUCAAGCAUAAAUUAUUACUGGCAAUAAAAACUAAAAACUUUGGCUUCGUGUAAAAAGGCUCCUAUGCAGUGACUAUGUAUUUCAUUUAGGUGUAAGCUCAGUCACUUAAGACUGCCGUUGUAUUCUGUCUGUGUUAGGUUUAAUAUACCGUACGUCUGUAUUUAUAGAAUGCCAUAAAAUAACUUAGUUCGAAAAAUGGUAGCACUAGUUCAUACUGAUGUAUGAUUUAUAUUCCUAUGACGAAUAUGACUGAAAACUACCACUAAUAAAAUUAUAUGACUGGGGUUUAUUUGACUGAAUAGUUUUAUUCAAUUACAUUAAUACAUAACAAAAACGCCUCGUAAAUAUUGGACAGCACAAGUACAUAGAUACAAUUUAAAAAAUAGGUCCUAUGGAGAACUUAGUUUUUAAUUUAAAACUAAUUUAUGGCCAUACUAACAUUAUUCAGUCAUAUAAUGGUAGUCUGUUGUACAUGUCCUAUUCAAUAACCUAUUUUGACUCUGUUACAUUGUUUAGUCUGGUGACUUGCAUAUAUUAAUGCAAACAGGGAAGUGGCAUUGUUUUAUAAUCACUUUUAAUAAAUAACUAGAACAUGUUAAUUUCUCUUUUUUUUUUGUCAAUUUUUUUAAUGGCAUAUUAACACAUCAGUGUUAGGGUCCAGCAGUAACAGAAAAAAUUCUCAUGCAAUUUUUCAAUAUAUAGUAAUUACAUAGAGGUAUGAUCGCUAUUUUUCUGUUCCUGAAACUGAACAGGACCCUGACCUUACCCUGAUCUGUCUUGAUAAACUAUUGUAUACAUAUAUUUAUAUAUGUAUAUAUAUAUAUAUAUAAAUAUAUAAAUAUGUUUGGAUCCAGUCUAUAUUUAUCUGCAUUUGAUUCAACUCCUUAUUUAUUUAGCCUGAUUAAGAUCAAUCAAAGCAAGUGUUAAAAAUUAUUCCUUAUAAGCUUGUUACAAUAUAGAAAAAAAAGAUCAUAGACUAUGAUAGAUAUAGGAUCAGCACAGAACAAGCAAAGAGCUGCUCUAGCAAGGUCGAGCACACACAUUUCUCAUCGAUAAUUAUGUACUUAUCUAAUUCUAAUAUAAUUUGAGAUAUAAUUAUGCAAGAUGGAAUUUGUUUCUAUGUAUACAUACUAAUCUCAACUUUAUAUUUUUAAUUAUCAAUGGAAAGUAUAUUGGACCAUGCUUGUGCAUUGUGCUGAGCCACUUUCUGCUAAUAUGAUACGUUUGGGAAUACUGGGCAGAGGCGAUGGUUUCCAUUUAUAGUGGAUAUUGUGAUAAAGGAGGAAGUAUUAUGCGCCUCUAUCUCUAAAUUUUAAGGACUCUAAUUAGAUUUCCUUUAGUUGUAUUUAAUAAGGUUCAUAAUAAAUAUUUCUCAAAACGCUUA